AUGCGUGCUCUGGUGAAAGAGUCUGUGGAAUUCCUUUUACUUUUUUGCUGCCGACUGGCUGCAAGAAGUCAGUUUGGUGCCCGCUCGCCGCCGGCCACCUUGCAGCAUGUUGUUGGCCUGCUGACUCGACAAACCCGAGCUACCGACUGACCAGUGAGUGAGUUGCUGAUAGUGAGUGCGCCCUACGGAUACUGCUGCACGACCCUUCCGCUCCAACGAAAGGGCGAUGAGGUUGUUGGCCAGAUUGGCCGUUGUGGCCUGCGUGGUGGCCGCCGCGUCGGCACACGUGGCCCUAACUUAUCCACCUGCACGCAAAUAUGACCUCGACUUCCUUGACAACUCCCGCACAAAAGGACCCUGCGGAAUGCCCAAAGGUUUGACGCAAACGACUUUGAUGGCUGGCGGAAGCUUCAACAUCACCUGGCACCUGGCUUACCCGCACAGGGGUGGUUUCAAGCUUCAGGUUCUAGAUGCCUUGCAGCGACCUUCUAUGGACUUGACGCCGGUGACGGCAGACUCUGAAUUCGUUAAAACCGACGUCACGUCCCAGUCAUACUCGGUUAAAUUGCCGUCGGAUAUGACGUGCACCAACUGUACCAUCAGGUUGAUGAGACAAGCCAGCGAGUGGUCUGAUGGCUACAGGUUCUGGUCCUGCGCCGACGUUGACAUCGUGCCAAAAUCCCAGUACAAAGAGGACUGCAGUGGCCACGGCCGGUACCUGCUGUCCAAGUGCCGGUGCGACCGUCUGUACUACGGCCCGCGGUGCCAGUACAGGGAUGAGUGCGUGGACGAUGCUGACUGCGGAGAGCGCGGCAAGUGCGUGGACAUCAUGGCUACGACGGCGCCGCGACACCAGUGCUACUGUGAGCUCGGCUGGUUCGGACCCGGCUGCAAACAGAGGUCUGCCGUCAAGAACACUGAUAUAAACCUAGCCACCUACACCAAGAAGCAACUCACACCAACAUUCACCCUCUACUGGCGCGUCCUUCGUGAGGCCGGCGAAAUUGAAAUGGCCCUUCAGGUGAACGGAUCAAGCUACGCUGCCAUCGGCUGGAGGCCGCGCUCGUUGACGGCCGAGUGCAAAAACUUCCCCGAGUUAGCAGACCUGCCAGGUGCAGCUCCUGUCCCUGAGGCCAAGGCCAAGGCUGAGCCAGAACCCGCUUCAGCAGAGCCUGAACCAAAGGCAGAGCCAAAGUCGGAGCCGGAACCUAAGUCUGAACCUGCUGCAGAGCCUGAGCCAUCUGCUGAACCUGAGCCUAGCACCACUGAAGCAGCAAAGACCACACUCCGUUCGAUUCCAUUGGCUCGAACGGCCGGCUCAUCAAACUUCAAGCCGCGCCCAAGGUUGAAUUUUGCCUCGAGAAAGAGAGCAACCCCUGUAUCCCAACAGAACCAAAAGAAAGACGAAGUAGAGACCAGCGUGCAGUUUAGGGUUAGCUCAAGGCAGAGUUCCAGCAGCAGAACCAAGAGACAGGCCACUGGCGUGCACUAUAAGACUGGGGCUGAGUAUGCAAAGACAACUACCCCUCAGCCAGAACCAACCACUGCUGCCGAACCUGAGCCUAGCUCGGAACCUGAGCCAGCCAAGAGCGAACCUGAACCUGCCAGUGCUGAACCUGAGCCAAAGUCUGAGCCUGAACCAAGCUCAGAGCCAGAGCCUAGCUCGGAACCUGAACCUGCCAAGAGCGAACCUGAGCCCAGUUCGGAACCUGAACCAGCCAAGAGUGAGCCUGAACCUGCGAGUGCUGAACCUGAGCCAAAGUCUGAGCCGAAGCCCAGCUCUGAACCAGAACCUUCCUCUGAGCCUGAACCAUCUUCAGAGCCUAAACCUGAACCUGGUGCACAUGACAAGAAAAAGGAUCCUUCGGCUGAGCCUGAACCAUCAUCUGAGCCAGAACCAUCGUCCAAGCCUGAGCCAGCCUCUGCUGAGCCUGAGCCAGCUUCUGCUGAGCCUGAACCUUCUUCUGAACCAGAGCCCUCAUCAGCUUCUGAGGGUCGAUCCCAGAAAUCGUCUGGCUAUCCCGAGGCUCAUCCAUAUGUUCCAAAGCACAAUUUCUUUGGCAUGGACUGCACGGAUAUGGUAAUUGGUAUGGCCAGAGGAACUGCCAGCCGUGUCUGGGACUACUACACCAGAGACAGAUCUACACCGCGGUUUGAUACAUUCUGGGGCGGAAAGAACGAUCUGACCGCUGCCAUGGGCUUUGAAAAAGACGGCGUCACCACAAUUGUGUUCAGAAAGAAACUUAUCGCCACCGAACUUACCGACCAUUCCAUUCUGGAGGAGCCAAUGCACGUGAUUUGGGCAGUUGGCCAGGAGCAAGGAAAUUACAUACACAAUCCUAAGUCUGGUCUCGAAGAGGACCAUGCAAGCGUACCAGACUUCUACAAACCAGAUGAACUCAAGUACCACGGCCACGGACAGCAGCGAGGAAAGACAGUCAUCAACUUCUACGAGGAAGAAACUAAAACCGCCGCAACUGGAGAGGUUGGAUCCGAGUCCGUUCCCACAGAGAAGCCUGGAAGCGUUUUGGAUCAGUGCGGUGCUGGCUACUGGCAGUUCCCUCGCAACUGCAAUGGCGACGACUGCGAAUAUCACGCUUCAUGGUCCAUUGUCAGGGACACUGCCCAUUUCACGAUCAAAACCAAGCACACUGAUCUUUGGACGGGCAUCGCCUUCUCGCACAAUGAGCGCAUGGGUCAGACCGAUGCGAUCCUUGGAUGGGUCGACCGAGCAGGCCGGUCCUUCAUCAUGGACACUUGGAUCAGUGGGUACCAGGCUCCACAGUUGGACGCCCAGCAGGACGUUUCCAAUGUGACUGGCCGCAUCAACGACGGCAUGACUGUGCUGUCCUUCCAACGUCCUCUGGACACUCAGGACCCCAAGGACGUGGCAUUGGACGGAAAGGAUUGCCCGUACCUCAUGUUCCCCAUCAAGGGUGGCAAAUUCAACUCCGUGAACAAAAAGAUUUGGAAGCACGACGAAGUACCCGCCCUGACGGCCCACAAGGUGUGUCUGAGAGCUUGCGCCCCCGGCAGCACAACCACCACUCCUCCUCCACCACCCACCAUAAGCUACAAGGCUGAGGUGCGCCUGGUCAAUCUGGGCGAUGGCUUCAAGGUGCCCAGCCCAGGAUCGGCUGACUUCAGCACUCUUGCUGAAACCGUGGGCAACGCCCUGACCGCAGGCUCGCUUGGACAGAUUUCUGGACUCAACAACAUAGUUGUUCGACAGUUCAAAAAGGAUGAGGAUAAACAAAGUGUGAUCGCUGAGAUCGCUGUGGUGGUGGAUAAGCUAGAGUACGAGAAGUCCACUGGUAUGACUGUGGAGACUGCUCUCGAAGAGACUGUAGCGGCAGGACGCGUCGGAAAUCUCAAGUUGGACCCUAACUACCUCAUCAUGCAGGCCCCCAGAAUAAGCAGCGUGGAUGACGCCUCGGAAGGUCGCGCCGAGAACACAAGCGGCUGGCUAGCCAUGUCUGCGACCAAGCUGUACAUCCUGGGAGGCUGCGUUCUGGCCCUGGUGCUGAUCGUGCUUCUGCAGGCCAUGUGCACCCUGGUGAAGCCACGCAAGGCUAAAAAGGAGCAGCUGAUCACCUCUCCGUCAGCGUGGAGCGCUGCCAACACUAACUACGCUUUCGACGUCACCGAUUUCAAGCAGCAACCACCAAUGCAGAUGCAGAAGGUCGCGCCACCAAUGAUGGACCCCAGAUAUGGAGUGCCACGCAGCACCUACUCGCUGCCCCGCACCGUGAUGGCCGACCGCAUGGUGGCCGCCGCGCCAGCCGGCUACUACACGCACGACCGCCGCGCGCACAGGCACCCGAACGGCCUGCAGCCCGACUUCUACUUCAUGCCCUCGCAGAGAAAGUACUCAGGCGAGGUGGUCAGGGUCUACGUGGACUACAACAAGGCGCCCAAAUGAGCCCCUUUUCACAACCGCGGUGCUUCACUCGGCGCCAAGUAGUAUUUUCUGACUCUGCAGAGUGUGCGGCAACUCUGGGUGCACAGGACUCUUGUUGUACAGUGUUUAAAUUUUACAACCCUCGGCGCAAAACAGGUAUCCUCUAGAGGAGGCAAAACACUCCCUCCAGAACUGUGUAAUAUAUAUAAUAGACUACCAUCCAUUAAUUCUUGACGCAAUUGUAAGUACUUCGCACAGCCAGCCAGUAAAUUAUUGCUUUUAGAUUUGCAACGAAUAUAGUUUCAACAGUGAUUUUAAUUGUAAACGACUUUGGCAUUACACAAGUUAAGAAGUAGAUCCCAUCCCCCAUGCAUUCAGUGAUGUUAUUCUUCAAGCCACUUGGAUUUUGUGCCAUACUUUGACAAGGCCAAAUUGUACGUAAAAUCUCAUUGCGCAAUCCUGAACGAAAUUUUAAUACGCUCACAUAGCAUCUCCAUUGAUUGCAUGCCAAGCUCAAUAAUAUUUAAUUUAGACGCGUGUGAUGAGAGUGCAAGUUAGUAUUUUUCCGGUAGUUGAUGAUUAUAAUUUAACCGAAUUGACAUGCAACGAGAUACUCUCAUAUUAUAUUAUUCUACUCAAGGAUCAGAAAAUAACAUAAUAUUGGUUACUUACUGCAUGUAUGUGAUAAUAGCGAGAUAUGAAUGUACUUUUGUUUGUUAAAACAAUUUUAAACUGUGCAAAAGCAUUGUGCAUCUAGUUAUUUUGAAUAAAUGUUUCAUUGAUAAAAAAA